AACAUGUUAGCACAAGAGGCGGAAGGUUACGCCGUUUUGAACCUUCUUUCGCUUGCCCAUUAGACCCGGCAAAGUAUAUAUGCUGCGAACUCAGAGGCUACUGAGAUGGUCUGAGACUCCCCUCCUUCUUUCCUUUCUGGUUACGCAUAAUUAGUUUGCCUCUGUUAUUGUAAUUGGAGUUUUCCCUUUAAUGGUUCUUUGAUUUUGGCUGUUUCAUUUGGGAAUUCAAUUCAAUUUAAGAAGAAGUAAGAAGUUUCGUUCGUGUAUCUGGGUUUUGCACGAGAGGACCGGAGGCAGAGACAAAGGAAGAGGGACAGAGAUUUUUCGCUAUUCAUGGAGACGGAGUUGGAAUUGCCAGAAGGAACAGUGCAGAACAUUUUGGAACAAGAGAGUCUCAAAUGGGUUUUCGUUGGAGGAAAAGGUGGUGUUGGGAAAACGACUUGCAGUUCGAUCCUCUCUGUCCUUCUCUCUAAGGUUCGAUCCUCUGUUUUGAUCAUCUCCACCGACCCGGCUCAUAAUCUGAGCGAUGCGUUUCAACAGCGCUUCACCAAAGCGCCCACUUUGGUCAAUGGAUUCACAAAUCUCUACGCUAUGGAGGUGGAUCCCAAUGUAGAGAAUGAGGAAUUGCACAAUGCGGAAGGAAUGGACAGUUUUGUUUCUGAGUUGGCGAAUGCAAUUCCUGGAAUCGAUGAGGCUAUGAGCUUUGCGGAGAUGCUCAAAUUGGUGCAAACAAUGGAUUACUCUGUUAUCGUGUUUGAUACGGCUCCAACAGGUCACACACUCCGGCUGUUGCAGUUCCCAUCAACAUUGGAGAAGGGGCUGGCAAAAAUGAUGACCUUGAAAAAUAAAUUCGGAGGCCUUCUCAGUCAGAUGACUCGCAUGUUCGGCGUUGAUGGUGAAUUCGGUGAGGAUGCAAUUCUGGGAAAGCUGGAAGGCAUGAAAGAUGUGAUUGAACAAGUGAAUAAGCAAUUCAGGGAUCCAGACUUGACAACUUUCGUCUGUGUUUGCAUUCCGGAAUUCUUGUCUCUUUAUGAGACAGAGAGGUUGGUGCAAGAACUCACGAAGUUUGAGAUCGAUACUCACAAUAUUAUCAUCAACCAAGUAAUCUUCGAUGAAGCUGUUGAAUCCAAGUUGCUGAAAGCACGAAUGCGGAUGCAACAAAAGUAUCUUGAUCAGUUCUACAUGUUGUAUGAUGACUUCAACAUUACCAAGUUGCCAUUGCUUCCAGAAGAGGUGUGUGGGGUUGAAGCUCUGAAAACAUUUUCACAUCACUUUUUGACACCAUAUCAACCUUCCCUGCCUAGAGGAUCUGUUGAAGAGCUCGAUCAGAGAGUAUCCAUACUAAAAGAACAGUUAAAAGAAGCUGAGUUGGAACUAGAGAAAUUGAGAAAAGGAAAGGACAAGGUCUGAUCUAUCUUUCUAGUUGCCAGUGAUCUAGUUCUUUUAUGUCGCUGCUGCAAAAACAGUGGCUUGCCCCGCUGCAUCUGGCUGCCACUGGAAGGUAUUAUUUUUCUCUGCUCCUCAGUCUGAACGAUUGCCAUGGAUUCUAAAAAAAAUUGUUUGGACUCCGGGAGCAGAACAAUCUCCAAAGUCUACAUGGGUUUCAUCUGGCUAAUAUACGUUGGUGCGAACAUAGAAUCCUAUUAGCCUUAUAGGCUGUACCAUAGUUAGCAAAUUCGGAUUCAUGAAUAAUUCAGAAUGAGAAUGUAGUGAAAUGCCUUUGAUAGAUUAUAAGUUUGAUUUAUGUUUCAAAGAUUCAGGGUUGAAACUCGUCCGAUUUCAUACUUUGUUGUGGAAGUUUUAUUUUGAUUGAUUGGCAAGUCACAGUACUCACAAUCAUCUAAACUGUGGAAUGAAAAUUUUCAGGUGGAAUCAUCUGUUUCCUGAA